UCUUGUGGUUUUUGCUUAAUAUAGAACAAAAAUACAGCAUUUAGGUAUUAUGUAUUUAUGUAAAACUGUAAACAGUUCAAUAAUCAAUAGUUUGUUUGCAGUUUGCACUUCGUUGUUGCAGUUUUUUUUCUAAUAGUUACUAAUAAUUAUUAAUAUGUAUCGUUGUGAAUUUUGUGAAUCGACGUAUGUGUCAGAAUCUGGGUUUUAUAAACACAGACGUACUAAACAUAGUGAAUUAAUUUCUCUACAAAAAGCUAAAAGUGUAACAUACUUUUGUGAUAGUUGUGAUGUUUCAUUUAAUGUGAAAAAAAAAAUAAUUCAGCACGUCAAAUGCCACGUAAAACAAAAAUCUCGUGGUUUAAACAUAAUAUGUUCAUUUGAAAAUUGUCUAAAAACCUUUUAUUCUAUGAAUGGAUAUAUUUUACAUUUGAAAUCUUGUCAUGAAAAAAAAAUUGAAUCUGAUGUGUUAAAUUUUGAUACAAUGGAAGAUUUUAAGAAAUGGAAGAGAUUCAUUGAAGAAAAAGAAAAAUGCCAAUAUGUUAAAAAUACAGCUGUAAAAAAAGCUCACAGUAAAGAGUAUAUUUACUAUUUCUGCCACAGAUCGUUUGCUCCUAAAACCUCAAAUAAAGGGCGUAAAAAUUCCAAAAGCAGUGGAUCUGUUAAAACUGGUUCAGUAUGUCCAUCAAGUAUUAAAGUGCAUGUAAAUAGUUCAAAAAUAAAUGUACAAUAUUGUAGUACACAUAUGUGGCAUGAUAUGGAAAUAGGUAAACAAAGAUUGUUUACAGAAGACAGAAGUAUGAUUGCAGGAAAAUUGGCAAUGGGUGUUCCUGUCAACAGAGUAUUAGAAGAUAUAAGAGCAUCAAAAAUUCAAGGAGACUUAAAACGAAUUCAUUUGUUAGAAAAAAAAGAUGUGCAUAACAUCAAGAGAGACUAUAACAUCACAUAUUCUACAAAAAAGCAUGAAAAUGAUGCGGUUAGUGUCAGACUUUGGGUUGAAGAAAUGAAGAAAAAAGGCAAUUUAAAUCCUGUUUUGUACUAUAAACAACAAGGGAGUAUAGAUAGUGCUGUUCCUCAUUUUACAGUUAAUAAUUUUUGUUUAAUUAUAAUGACUCCAUUACAAUCAGAACUGUUCAUAAAAUUUGGCAACGAUAAGGUGUGUGUUGAUGGUACACACGGGUUGAACGGAUACAGCUUUCAACUGUAUACAAUUGUUGUAGUUAAUGAGUAUGGAAACGGGUACCCAGUUGCCUUUUGUUUUUCGAAUAGAUUUGACACUGAUACUUACAAGCAUUAUUUUCAAUGCAUUAAAAACACUAUUGGCACCAUUAAUUCUUUCAUUUCCAUGUCUGAUGAUGAGCCUGCCUUUUAUAAUGCCUGGUGCUCUAUAAUGAGAUGUGCAGUUAAACAGCUUCUAUGCACAUGGCACGUACUAAGAAAUUGGAAUAUUUGGGUAAAAAAUUUAAACAAGAUUAAUAGUAAUGAAAAAAAAAAAAUUAUUUUUAAAACAUUAAAAUCACUUAUGUUUGAGGUAGACAAAAGUUCGUUUUUUGUUGAAAUUGAUCAAGUUCUAAAUGAUCUUUUAAAAGAUCCAGACACAGUUGACUUUGGAAAAUAUUUUGAAAAAUGUUAUUCAACAAGAGUAGAAAAGUGGGUAAUGUUCAACAGAAAACAUGUGGGGAUAAACACCAAUAUGUAUUUGGAAUCAUUGCAUAAAAACAUUAAAUACUGCUACCUUGAAGGGAAGCACUGUAAACGUUUGGAUAUGGCAAUUAAUGCUCUAAUGUCACUUGUUCGUGAUAAAAGUUUUGAAAGAGUAAUAAAGAUCUCAAAAGAGAAGAGAUCAUCAAAAAUAAUGCAAAUAAACACAGCUCAUAAAAAAAGUAAACAAAUAUCUCAAGAUAUGAUCACAAAAGUUAAUGAUUACUGGUUAGUUAUUUCUGAAAAUGAUAUCAAUGUUCAAUACAAAGUUGAAAAGUUUCAAUCUUUUAAUGGUUGUGCUUUGCAAUGUGAAGAAUGUCAGAUAUGUGUACAUUCCUACAAAUGUUCAUGCAUGAAUAAUAUAAUUUAUUUAAAUAUAUGUAAACAUAUUCAUGCAUGUGUUAAAACAGAAUUAAAGAUUAUGACUCAAAAUGAAAAAAAUCAUUGUUCCAUAUUCACAUGAUUUGGUAAUUGAUAAUAGUUUCAUUCAGACAGAUACAGAUAAAAUAAAUAAAAAAGACUGUGAGAUUAAAAAUAAAAUGGAAAUUAUGUGUGGUAUGUUUAAUUGAUCAAAUUUAAAUGAAGAGGAUAAAGACUUUGUCAUAAAGCAUUGUGAUAAAAUAAUUUCAACACUAUCCAAGGGCACAAGAUUUAAAAAACCAGUCAAUGAAACAUUAAAAAGAAAAAUUGAACCACAGGCACGCUUUUGGACAAAACAAAAAGUGCAGAACCAUCAACCUGCUCUAUCAUCUACAGAAGCUAAACAUAUAAGGCAAUCAUUAAAAAACAUUACAAAAUACACUUUAAAUGUCAGUUCAACUCCAACAUUUGAUCAUUCUUACAUAAAAGAUUAAUUUUUAAUGUUAUUUUUAAUAGGUAUACUAUUUAGUAUUUACCGACUGCUAAUAAAAUAUUAAUAUAAUAAAAUAAUCAUAUAGUGUAGUUCAAUAAUUUGUAUUACAAAAUAAAUAAUAUUUUUGUUAUGAUUUUAUUUGAUCAAGAUAGUGAUUGCUGUUAUUAUUGGAAAGAAAAAUUAAGAGUAAAUCCUCAAGAAUUGUUUACAGAUGUUUGAAGUUCAAAUUUUUAUGAAAUGUAAAUUCAUGCAUAAAAUAACAAAAUUGGUUUUAUUGUUCAUAAAGUAUUAAUUGUAGGAACUCAAGACUUUACCUACUCAGGAUAGUGGCGGUUAUAAGGGGGGGGACAGGUGGAUCGCCCCCCACCCUGGUCUGUGUUUUUUUAUAAUAAUUUAUUGAAAGAAGUAUUAAUCAUGAUACUAAUUUUUUGUAUUUAUAAUUUAUAGAAAUAGUAUCAGCAAUUUGUAAAGUUGUCUUGUUCAAUAUAUUACGGUAUAUUUUUAAAUAAUUGUAGUACCUACAUUUUAUUAAAUAUGUCCUAUGAUUUUUGUCAUUUCCACCCCCUCCUUAAAAGUCAGUUAUAACCGCCACUGAGUCUCAGGAACUUAAACUAUCAUGGUCUACACUCAAUACAAUUUCAAAAUAUUUAAAGUAAUUUUAAGCUAUUUUAAAAUAUACAUCUUUAUUUUUAUAAAUUAGUUACAAAAUUACUGGU